AUGGCUUCAUUUUCUAUGGACAGGUGUCUUGAUUCUCUUUCUGUUCAAAAAUGUUUUUUCUUGCUGUUCGUUGACUGCGAAAGACUCACGAUGCGAAUAUACCCAGGAUCGUCCGCCAAACGCGUCAGAGCUGCACCAGUGUUCGUGUGUGGCCAGCCCUAUCGUUUGGAGAAUGGAGUAGCGUUUGGAGAAUGUUUGGAGCCACUACCAGCCGCUACCACAUUCCGAUGA